AUGUCGGCCCUAGCACCGUCCGUUGCUCUCGGCAUAUCCAUUUUCCUAGUAGCCCUAUGGAUCAAGUCUCACCAACCCCAUUCUACGUCAAAUGACCCAGCAAUAUGCCGCCAAAUCAUUGCCCGUGCGUUGAGAUCCAAAGAAAAUCAGUCCAAUAUUCUGUCAGCACAUGAAGCGAAAGUGAUAGCCAACCUACAUCUCCCAAUCGCCUUCGGAAUCGCCUUCACUGGCGCAGACAGUAUCUACGCCAGCAUGUUCGUCGAGAAAUUGAACCCACUGAUCAACCUAUCAACGGAGCAGUGGUACAAUGUAUCCGAGUUCGCAAGAGUAACGAUCAACCACUGGACCGAGCAUGGUUUUCCAGGUGUGGAUGUCAGUUCCAGCAACAGUAGUCUCAAAGAACGGAAGAAAGCCCACGGCACUAAGAUCGGCCUCGACUGCAAUCGGAUAAACGUCGCCAGCCUAGCACAAAUACUUUCACUGAAGCUCGUGCUAUGGCAAAUAUUCGAUGAAAAGUCUCAAGACUGGGCAUGCGAUGAGAAUCUACUAAACCUAGCCCAGUCUAUCAAUCGAGCCUGGAUAUCAUACAAGUUGAUACCUGCCGAAAACAAUAUCUCCAGAUUCGAAGGAGAUGUAUUGCGCCAGACUUCAUUGGCUAUCAUCUUCGGGAAACACGAUCGUCCAGAGAAUAACCCGCUGAACCUCAUCCUGCCUUCAUUUAAAACCAUGUGGUGA